AUAUUUCAUGCGCAUUGUAUUCGUGUGGACUGUGGCAGUUGGUGGUGUUGGUGUAAUAGAAAAUAUUAAUAAAUUACGUAGACUCUCUAUUUGUGAAAUUGUGCAAAUUUUUAAUUUCCUUGGAGGAAGUGUGAUGCUGUAGAGAAUAUACGAGUCGGCUUCGGAACAUUAUCAUGAAAAUGGUCUUGUCUCAACGCCAGCGAGAAGAGCUUAAUAAAGCCAUCGCUGAUUACCUCAGCAGUAAUGGGUAUACGGAUGCCUUGGAAGCCUUCAAGAAAGAGGCCGAUAUGCCGGGAGAAGUCGAAAGAAAAUUCGGCGGUCUUCUAGAAAAAAAAUGGACGUCGGUCAUCAGGUUACAGAAAAAAGUAAUGGAAUUGGAAUCGAAAUUGAACGAAGCCGAAAAGGAGUACAUCGAAGGCGCCCCCACACGAAAUAAACGAACCCCAUCGGAAUGGAUACCUCGACCUCCGGAAAAAUUCUGUCUCACAGGUCACCGAGCGCCUGUGACUCGAGUAAUUUGUCACCCUGUAUUCAGUUUGAUGGUAUCUGCGAGCGAAGACGCCACGAUCAAAGUAUGGGACUUCGAAACAGGCGAAUUUGAACGUACCCUCAAAGGCCACACGGAUUGCGUUCAGGAUAUAGCUUUCGAUACAUCCGGAAAAUUGUUGGUGUCUUGUAGCGCCGAUAUGAGUAUAAAAUUAUGGGAUUUUCAACAAACAUACGAAUGUGUACGUACUAUGUUGGGACACGAUCACAAUGUUUCCAGCGUAUCCUUCAUGCCGGCUGGUGAUUUCGUUAUUUCGUCUAGUAGGGAUAAGACCAUCAAGAUGUGGGAAGUAUCCACCGGAUAUUGUGUCAAAACGUAUUCCGGUCAUCGGGAUUGGGUGAGAAUGGUACGAGCAUCGCCGGAUGGAACGUUAUUAGCAAGUUGCUCCAACGAUCAGAGUGUCAGAAUUUGGGUAGCCUCGUCUAAAGAAUGUAGGGCGGAAUUAAGGGCGCACGAUCACGUAGUUGAAUGUAUAUGUUGGGCGCCGGAUUCUGCAGCUGGACCGAUUAAUGAAGCUGCCGGAGCUGAUAAUAAAAAGGGGGCACAUAAUGGACCUUUCCUCGCUUCGGCUUCUAGAGAUAAAACAAUUAGGAUAUGGGAUGUCGGUGCUGGUAUUGCUCUAUUUGUGUUAACGGGACACGACAAUUGGGUAAGAGGAGUAGUAUUUCAUCCCGGAGGCAAAUUUUUGGUAUCUGCUAGCGAUGACAAAACGCUUAGGGUUUGGGAUUUGAGGAAUAAACGUUGUAUGAAGACUCUGGAGGCACAUAAACAUUUUUGCACAUCUUUGGAUUUCCACAAGACGCACCCCUACGUCAUCUCGGGCAGUGUAGAUCAAUCUGUAAAAGUGUGGGAAUGUCGUUAAGUUCCACACGAGUGUCGUAAUAUCUAGAUUUCUUUUUUCCAAGCGGGUCGAAAUAAGAAUGUUCUCGAAAAAAUAAUGACACUAGUUCCGUUAAGAUCAACCAGUGCGUGCAAGUAGAACGUUUCAGCCCUGGUACAGAUUCCCUUUACCCCUUUUUAUUUUUUCUUUUAAAUAAAAAAAGUUUAUUUAACAAUAUUAUUUAAGAAAUAACUUAUAUAUAUAUAUAUAUUUUUUUUUUGUUAAUUUUAAUCCACAGCUCUAGAAGUUUCACGUAUAAUUUUUACUAUGUUGAAUGUUUUUUUUUUAAUGCAUACGAUAUUUGUAUAAUUCUUAUGUUUCUAUGUGAUAUUCUAGUGGGAUUUUUAGAGCGUAACUUUAGCAUAUAUUUAAAUAUAGAUGCUUUUUAGAAUAACUUGCAAAAAUCGUGAGUAGCUAAUUAUUUAGAUAGCGGGAGUGUGGUUUUACCAGCACUGGUUACAGAUCCCGGACAACUUAUUUCAACAAUUAUAUAUAUAUAUAAAAAAUUACAAUUCUUCUGCUAAACAGCAUUAUUGCAACCACUGUUCAAAUUUAAACCGGUAUUUUUUUGUGAAAUCAACCUUAACUUCAAUUACUUCGCCAAAAGAACUACCAAUAUUCUUAUAAAACAGAAAUUGGAUAUUUUUGUAACUUUAUUUCAAAAUGUAAGAACAGUAGGUCAUCGAUAACUUGUGGAUAAACUGACCCAACAGCUGCCGUACUUGAACUAUUUCAUCUGAAAUUGUUUAUUUACCAUACAAACUCCACAAUACAAAAUCAAAAGAGAAAGAUCACAAUUAAACUAAUAGAAGUUAAGUAAUCGGUUUGUUUAAAUAAUUUCACAUAGUUUCGCAUCCAUGGAAAUCAUUCGAAACCUAUAGAACGAUUUUUUUUUGUGUAAAAGUGUCAUUUUCUAAUUUUGACUCCAUUUUAUAAAAAUUCUUAUAUAGAUUACAACUAUGUUUAAAAUAUGUCAAUUUUUCUAGUAAAAGAAAAUAAGUAUCAGUAUUUUUAACAAACACAGGGGAACGAACAAAAUCUUCGGAAUCGUUUUAUUUUCAAGAGCCAUAUUAUAGAAUAAAUACUCCAUAAUAAGUCACAGUGGUAGGAUUAAAUAAAUGAUUCAAUACCAUGUGUAGAAUUGUUCUGUAUUGAUUAGAUACCUUGAGGUUCAUUUGAACUACUAGUAUGUGAUUUUCAUCUUACAUAUAGAAGAAAUGAAACCUUUUUAUUUACCAUUUUGAUUAAUAUCCGGGGAUACAUUUGAACUACUGUAUCUAAUUUAUAAAAAAACUAUACGGAUUUUGACAAUUUAACUUAUAUCUUUGAACUGUACUGAUAAUAUCAAUUGAAUAGAUACCUUGAGGUUCAUUUGAACUACUAGUAUAUUAUAUUGAAAGUUAACAAUAUAUAGAUUACACAUUUAUGUAGUAGAAUGCAAGAUCUAGUUUUUAUCCUAUUAUGUGACAUAAUAAAAUUUCUUUUUUUGUCAAAAUCUGUUAUAUUUAGUUAUUUUUUUUUAAAUCUUACUCUUGAAAAUUUGUUCUGUUAAUGGAUUUGAGUAACUUCUAAUUUUUUAUAUGGUAAUCUCGCUCCGCAAAAGAACCAACUCAAGUUUUGUCGAUCUUUUGAGCGUUUAGUACUAGUUUUAUAUGAAAAAAAAUAAACAAUCGUGACAACAAGUUUAAUAAACUAUAAGUGCUAAUUAAUUUCGCGUAUAUUCCAUGUAGUUAAGAUUUCCUCAAAAGGUAGACGAAGUUUUCUCAGCUUGCUUGAACCUGCAUGUUGCACAACUAUUUAUGUAACCACUCGUGUACUUUCACAUGCAUAUAAUAUUGUACUCUUUAAUAGAAGUUGUGAAUAAAUACUUGUCUGUAUAUAUUUAAGAAUAAAAUUUCUCCCAAUGAGUAUCGUUUUUCAUUAUUU